CAAGCGCAGUUUAAUUUCGACACUCGCGCUAAACUGACGCUAAGACGUUCCAAAGUCAAAUUUGCCGCGCGAAGUGAUUGUUCGAUUUAUCCUUUUUUUUUUCUAAACCGGACCCCGUUAGGUUCGAGUGUUUUUUUAAAACAACAAUGGACAGUUGAUUUUUUUUAUUAUGUCCGUGGACUAGAGUUUUUUUAAAAAAGAAGAUUUUGUUAAAGUUUCUAUUAGCAUUUUCAGUCGAUUUCGGUCUCUUGGCUGUGUUAAGUUGUUAACAAUAAAAGCUGUCAUGACGAAUACAAUGUAUUUCCUAUUUCUCUGCGCGUUCUUAAGCGCAGUCACGGCGUAUUGGCAUCCAGAUCUACCGCCUGGUCCCUACUGCGGUAUAGACAAUAAAUGCUGCAAAGACAGAGAGGAUGGCUGUUCACACAGAAUAAUCGAUACUCUGUGCUACUGCGACGAAUUCUGCGAUCGUUAUCACGAUGAUUGCUGUCCGGACUACCAGAAAGUGUGUCGGCAUGAAGAUGUGCAGCCUUUACCCUUUUUGAACCCUUGCAUUCACGGUGGCAAGUUUUACCUCGAAGGAGAGACCAGAAGAGUCGAUUGCAAUACUUGCAAAUGUGUCCGCGUGAGCGAUACAACCUUAAGCUGGUCCUGUGAGAAUGAUCCUUGCAUCAUGGACUCGGAUGUGAUAUUUGGAGUUAAUCGUGGUUCAAGUUGGAGAGCCUACAACUACACUCAAUUCCAAGGAAGGAAACUGAAGGACGGCCUUGUAUUUAAACUAGGUACUUUACCUCUGAGCCGCGAGACUCGACUCAUGGGCCCCAUCAGGCACGACAAAGACAUUAACUAUCCGACACACUUCGACGCACGCGAACGCUGGCCAAAUUACAUUUCGCCAGUCGUGGACCAGGAAUGGUGUGGAUCUGAUUGGGCCAUAUCGAUUGCUACAGUUGCUUCAGACAGGUUUGCUAUCCAAUCCAACGGCGCAGAAAGUAUGGUGCUGAGCCCGCAGUCCCUCGUGUCCUGUAAUCGCAAUCAGCAACGAGGCUGUCACGGGGGACACAUCGAUGUCGCUUGGAACUUCGUACGAGGAAAAGGGAUCGUAGACGAAGAAUGCUUCCCCUACAAAGCAGCAGACACUAAAUGUCCGUUCAGAUCCAAGGGCAACCUUAUUGAGGCUGGUUGCAGAAUACCCGUCAAACAAAGAACAUCCAAGUACAAGGUCGCACCCCCCGGCAGGCUGAGCAACGAACGUGACAUCAUGUAUGAUAUCAUGGACUCUGGACCAGUACAAGCGGUCAUGACUGUCUAUCAAGAUUUCUUUCACUACCGCGAUGGUGUUUACCGUCGCAGCCCGUACGGUAACCAGCACAUGAAGGGGCUACACAGCGUCCGUAUCGUCGGCUGGGGUGAGGAACGCGGAGAGAAAUACUGGAUUGUAGCCAACAGCUGGGGCUGUAACUGGGGUGAGAAUGGCUACUUCAGGAUCCUGAGAGGUGCAAAUGAAGCUGAUAUCGAAUCAUUCGUGGUGACCGUCCUGUGUGACGUCACUAGGGCCUACCAGAAGAAAUAACAUAGGAACUAUCUAAUAACACCCCUGUGCGUGGUCAGUAAACCGGUUAAAACCAGUCGGGGGUGGAUAUUACUGAAUAGUACGAGAAAUUUCGGAUGAAAGUAAUUUGAGUGCAUGAUUAAAACCUUUUUUAUGAUUUUAUGUUAUAUUUUAGUUAUAUUUCUUACAAUUACAGCAUAUUGUAGUUUUAUUAUAGGUUUUCAUCU